UUUCCCAUCUACAGAUUUCUUGAGAUACCGGAUAUAAGCAACUUCACUGCGCUCUUCUCGUUAGAAGCCAACUUCCUUUUCGUGUCUCUUGUUUAGCUUGUGAAGAGUCGGCCAAAAUGGGGCGCCGACCAGCGCGAUGCUAUCGUUACUGCAAGAACAAGCCAUACCCAAAGUCACGGUUCUGUCGUGGUGUCCCUGAUCCUAAGAUCCGUAUAUUUGAUUUGGGAAAGAAGAAGGCAUUGGUCGAAGAUUUCCCACUAUGUGUACACUUGGUAUCAGAUGAAUACGAACAACUGAGCUCCGAAGCUCUUGAGGCUGGACGUAUCUGUGCUAACAAGUACAUGGUGAAAAAUGCUGGAAAGGAUCAAUUCCAUAUUCGAAUGCGACUCCAUCCUUUCCAUGUUAUUCGCAUCAAUAAAAUGUUGUCGUGCGCUGGAGCUGAUAGGCUCCAGACUGGAAUGAGAGGAGCGUUUGGAAAGCCUCAGGGUACUGUGGCUCGUGUUCACAUCGGACAGCCCAUCAUGAGUGUUCGGUCUUCUGACCGUCAUAAGGCUGCCGUCAUCGAGGCAUUGCGUCGUGCCAAAUUCAAGUUCCCAGGUCGUCAAAAGAUCUACGUCUCCAAGAAAUGGGGAUUCACCAAGUACGACCGUGCUGAAUACGAAGAACUGAAGACAGCAGGUCGACUUGCUCCUGACGGCUGCAACGUCAAGUAUCUUCCAGAACAUGGACCUCUCGAUCACUGGAAAAAGUUCAGGGAAUCUUUGGCAACAGCCUAAAAUAUACUGAUUUGUUGUAAGUCAGAACCUAAUAAACUUUUAUUAAGCUA